AUAAUUCGAUAAACACUUGUUAAAAUAACAUAUCGGUCUAAGUGAUUUUAAUAAUCCCCAACUUCCUCAUAUACUCUCUCUCUCCCCGAAGCUCUCUCAGUUUCAGAGUUCCCCAGUCUCCCCAGGUACUUCUUCAACACGUAAAAAUGGGGAAUUAGCUCGAUUAUCGCUUCCAAUCGUCUCUUUUCCGAAUUACUUGCAACGCGACGUCGUUUCGUUUGAGUUCGCGAAAAUGCGGGUCAAAGAGAUGCACCCGCUCUGCUGCAUCACGCUCGAGAGCGCGGGUCUCGGCGACCAGUCGCCGGACAUGCCUCUCUCGCGGACCCGGAGCCUUCCAGCGAGUCUGGCCGCGGCGCAGGUCGGAUCUGACGCAAAUGCCGCCAUCGGGGCAUCGGGAUCUGAGGCCACCGUCGCCGGAGUCCUCCACAAGUGGACGAAUUACAGCAAGGGGUGGAGAUCCAGGUGGUUCCUCCUCCGCAACGGCGUCCUCUCCUACGCCAAGAUACGACGACCCGAAACGCUGAGCCUGUUGACCCCAAACGACGACGUUCGACUCAUUGGCGAGAUCUCCACUCACCGACUUUCCCAGAUGGACAGCGGGACCGGAAGGCGGAGCAACAAGCCCCCGAAAAACGUUGGAAUCGUCUACCUCAAGGUAAAUGAAAAGGCAUGGAAAGAAGGCAGUGAUCGGACGGUGGGGACGGUGUUUGAUCCGAAAAAUGGAAGUGGGAAGGAUUCUAUCUCAUCCUUCAGAGAAAGCAAGUCUGACGAUCGGAAGUUUUACAUAUUUACUGCUACGAAGACCCUUCAUUUAAGGACUAAUUCAAAGAGCGAGCGGGCGGCUUGGCUACAAGCUUUGGUCUCAACUCGGAGUCUUUUUCCUCAUAGAUCCUUGAAUGAUAACCUCUCUCUUGUACCAACUGAUUUAUCUGUAUCAACCGAAGGACUGAAAAAGCGCCUGCUUGAAGAAGGAACCGGUGAGGGUGUUGUACAGGAUUGCGAGCGGAUAAUGCUCUCGGAAUUCUCUCAAUUACAUGGACAGCUGAAGGUUCUAUGUGAAGAACGAUCAAAUUUACUGGACACAUUAAGGCAAUUCGAGGCAGCCAAUUAUGAAGCUGAAGCCUCUGGAAUUCAUGAUGGGGAAUACCAAUUGACGAAGCAUGAGUUUUCUAGUUUGGGACAGGGAAAAUAUAGUGAGUGCAGCACAACUGAGUCAUCUGACGAUAUUGAGAAACAAGAGCAUGAGGAAGUGUCAGAUGAAGACGAAAUGCCAUUUCAUGACACACAAGAGUAUUUCACUGAACCCAUCAUAAGUUGUGGGUCUAUGAAAGGAGUGGUAACUAACAGUAAUAAGCAAAGUGACACUCAAAGUCAAUCUAAUAAAGGUGAGGAGACACAAACUGAGAAGGAAGUUCAGGAUUAUAAAUACCCACACGUUGAAAGAAGAAAAGAGCUUCCCACUCCAGUUGAGAAGGAGAAAGGGGUCAGCCUUUGGUCUAUGAUUAAAGACAAUGUGGGAAAGGAUCUCACUCGAGUAUGCCUUCCUGUGUACUUUAAUGAGCCAAUAUCAUCUCUUCAGAAGUGUUGUGAGGAUUUGGAGUACUCGUAUCUUUUGGACCGUGCAUAUGAGUAUGGGAAAAUGGGAAACAGUCUCCAAAGGGUUCUAAAUGUUGCUGCAUUUGCGGUUUCUGGAUAUGCAUCAUCUGUAGGGCGGCACUGCAAGCCAUUCAAUCCCUUGUUAGGGGAAACUUAUGAAGCUGACUAUCCUGAUAAAGGAAUUCGCUUCUUCUCCGAAAAGGUUAGUCACCAUCCAACACUCAUUGCCUGCCAUUGUGAAGGUAGAGGGUGGAAGUUCUGGGCUGACAGCAAUAUCCGCACUAAAUUUUGGGGGCGAUCAAUUCAGCUUGACCCUGUUGGAGUUCUGAGCUUGCAGUUUGAUGAUGGUGAAAUUUUCCAGUGGAGCAAGGUCACAACAAGCAUAUAUAAUCUAAUUCUUGGUAAAGUGUAUUGUGAUCACCAUGGUACAAUGCAUAUACGUGGUAAUUGUCAGCAUUCAUGCAAACUGAAGUUCAAAGAGCAAUCGAUUCUUGACCGAAAUCCUCACCAGGUCCAUGGAUUUGUGGAAGAUGUCAUGGGGCAAAAGGUUGCUACGUUAUUUGGGAAGUGGGAUGAAAGCAUGCAUUAUGUUAAUGGUGAUGGGAGUGGCAAGUUAAAUCCUUCAGAUGCUUCGUUGUUGUGGAAAAGUAGUAAACCUCCUGAUGUCACACGAUACAACUUAACGUCAUUCGCAAUGACACUGAAUGAACUAACACCUGGACUGCAGGAGAAGCUCCCACCCACUGAUUCCAGGCUCAGGCCAGACCAACGGCAUCUGGAGAAUGGAGAGUACGAAAAGGCAAAUGCAGAGAAACAGCGGCUGGAAAAAAGGCAAAGAAUGUCGAGGAAACUACAAGAAAACGGGUGGAAACCCAGGUGGUUCGAGAGAGAAGGUGAAGGUGGACCUUUCCGCUAUGUUGGUGGCUAUUGGGAAACACGGAAGCAGGGAAAAUGGGAUGAAUGCCCAGACAUUUUUGGUGAAUUUAACGAAGGCCUUGAUGAUCAAACAGAAGGGUCCUGAUUAAAAUUCAUGAAACAUAAAUUGCCUUGAGAUGGUCACAGCCGAAACUGCGAGCGGUAUAGCUUGGCAUUUCCUGAUUCGGUGUAUUUGUUCAAGAGCGGUCAGGAGAUUGAUAGCAUUCGGGCAUUUAAGCGAAGAAUUCCCUUUCACUCGGCUGUACGUUGAUGGUUAGAUCGUAGUCUUAUAUAUAUAUAUAUAUACCCUUGUAAUGUUAUCAUUCAGUGUCAUGGGAUAUUAGCUUACUUGUCUAAUCCCUCUCCCUCCCUCUCUUCAUCUGUCACAUGUUGUAGUUUUCGUUUUCUUUGUAUUGGUGCCAACCAUUGGUUGAGCAUUUUCAUAUUUAAUUGUAUUUUCUUGGGAAUAAAAAGUAAAAUGUAAUUCUAUCACCAUUCCUUAAUGUAAUAACUUUGGGCUGCCCAUUAUUAACAAGUAGUGUUCUUGCUAGGACCA